AUUCGUCACGAUAUUGACGCAUUGGUCGAACGUGUCAGGGCAGUUGCAAUGGCUGAAAACAGGCCUUCAACCCCUGGAAGCCAUAUCGAUUGGGCUGGUGAAGAUGAUGACUCGUUGCCCGACCUUGAUGAUUGGGGUGUUACGACGACUCGGACCAAUACCAGCGCAGAUGAAAUAAAUAAUAGGAUAUCACCCAUAUUGACAGAUGCGCUUAAGCCGCUGCCAGAACCUCAGACGGAAGGAGACGCUGAGGACGAGGAAGAGGAACAUAACGUGGAACCUUUAGACGGUGAUGCUGAUGGCGAAAUCACCAAAGACACGUCGGAUUCCUCACCCCUAUCUAAUCCACCCGAUACUAUUGUCACGGCCAGCGCAGAUGCGCAUGAUUCUCCCGCUACCGUUGUCGCGCCUGAGCCUAUCAUGCAUGUCGAUAAGCCUUCGCUUCAUCCAUCCAAGGCAAGGGAUAGCCUGCAUUCAAACACUGCACGCUCCAACUCGAUAGCCAAAUCAGCGUUGAUCGUAGGUGGUGCAGAGCCACCUGCAACUAGGGGGGGAGGCCUUUCACAGUCUAUCCACGCUCCCUCCCUUGUCGAGGUAGAAGCACUAGAAAAGACUCUCAGUUCUUCUUCCAGUGAUCACGGCCUCGCUGGAUCCAUCCAUGCGCCUAAGGGCCUUCCGGAAUCCCAUUCCGCUCCAUCGUUAGCGACCCCAGGUGCCCCGUCUGCUGCGCACGCAUAUAGUCCAUCGCAUAGUCGAUCGAAGACGGAAGGCCGACCUGCCUUUCCACAUCCGCGCACGGCAGCGAUAAAUCAGCGAGCCGUUCGUUCAGGUACAUCUUCUCCCCUAGGUCCGCCUGUCCAAGCGCAUGCGCGAACCCAUUCGACACCUCCUGGAGGGGCGGGGCAACGUACCCCACAUAGCGUUCGGCCAGUCAUCACUGGAGAUGCAUUAUCUCGGCUGGCAAGAACGAUUGGCGGUAUACCAGGCAUGCCCCGUGCCCAAAGUGUCGCCGUCGCAAAAGACUGA